AUGUCCCGAGUAGCCAGGCCAGCAUCUUCACUGUUCUGUUAUUUAAGGGUGUCCUUGGUUCUGAUCCUUGUAACCUGCUUGAUUAUAAUAAUGGUUCCCUUAAAGCACUGGACAAACACCGCAUGUCUACCAUCUCAAAAUACCUCGUCUGGAGCAAGUUUCAAGGGGGCAGUAACCAAUAUAACCAUCGCCGAACUCUUGCAUAACAUCUCUAGACAAGUCAAAGUUGCCGGCGUGGAUUGUGCAGCAAUAUUUAAAGGCUCUAAAGACGAAAUCAUUGCCGCCAAUAAUUUGAUAGGAAAUAUCAGCGCUCCGCUUUCUGAUUCAUUUUACCUGAAUUUAACACAAGACUGUGGGAACUUUCAUAAACAACGUGGGUAUAUAAUGUCGUCAUUGAGGAACGAGGAAAAGCAGUUUCCCAUAGCUUAUUCAAUGAUUGUCUACAAAGACUCUGAGAUGGUAGAGCGAUUGCUGCGCGCCAUCUAUCGACCACACAAUCUUUACUGCAUCCAUGUGGACUUGAAAGCUUCCACAGAUUUCUUUGAUGCUAUUUCUGCAAUAGUAAAGUGUUUUAAUAACGUAUUCCUUGCGAGCAGAAGAAUUCAGGUAAAAUGGGCCACAUACACAGUCCUUGAGCCCGAGCUUGUAUGCAUGGAAGAUUUGUGGAAGUACCGUAAAUGGAAGUAUUUCAUCAACUUGACAGGACAAGAGUUUCCUCUGAAAACAAAUCACGAGCUUGUGAAAAUUCUAAUAGGCUUUCAUGGAGCAGUCGAUGUGAUUGCAUCUGUCAAGGGAGUAUUUCGUAACAGAUUCCUUCGCAGCAAAGAACCACCUCACGGAUUACGUAUUGUAAAGGGAGCGGUGCAUAUAGUAGUCAACAGGGAAUUUGUGGAUUUCGUUCUCAACAACAAAAUAUCUAAAGAUUUGCUUGCCUGGGUAAAGACGACAGUGGUUCCGGAUGAAACGUUUUUUGGUAUGCUCAAUGCAAAUCCACAGUUAGGCAUAAAGGGGACCUAUAAAGGACUGCCAGAAUACAACGCUACUAGAGGAUCAUUUGCAAGAUUUAAGAACUGGGGUGGAACUCCCUGCGCUGGUCGACGUGUGAGGGAGAUUUGUAUUCUUACAACAGGAGAUUUGCCACUGCUAGGGAGAUCCCCUAUGAUGUUUGCCAACAAAUUUUUUCUCGAAGAAGACAGAGUUGUCAUCGGCUGCCUUGAGGAGAAAAUCUUUAAUGACACAAGAGAUGAAUACACUGGCGCCAAAGUUUUUGAUAUCACACCUUAUAAAAAUGCAGAUUUUAUUACAAAUCAAGUAGAUUAG